GGCAGCGCCGAGGUCAGGAGGGUGUUUGUUGCAGUGUCUCCUCCAUAUCGUCCUACACCGGUGUCUGCAGCGUUUUCUGUCGCUUUUUUAAAUCUUACAAGUUGACAGCAACAUCAUCAACAGCAUCAGUAAUACUACAUAAUGGCAGUUCCUCCAGCAUAUGCAGACCUUGGAAAAUCAGCAAAGGACAUCUUCAAUAAGGGAUAUGGUUUUGGAAUGGUUAAGCUUGAUGUGAAGACAAAGUCUUCAAGUGGAGUGGAAUUUAAAACGUCAGGCUCAUCCAAUGUAGACACCAGCAAAGUCACUGGAACCCUGGAAACCAAGUACAAGUGGGCUGAGUAUGGGCUGACAUUCACAGAGAAGUGGACCACGGAAAACACACUUGGAACAGAAAUUUGUGUUGAGGAUCAGAUCACUAAAGGGCUGAAACUUACUUUUGACACUACAUUUUCACCAAAUACCGGCAAGAAGAGUGGCAAGGUCAAGACAGCCUAUAAAAGGGAAUACCUCAAUGCUGGUGUUGAUGUAGAUUUAGAUUUUGCUGGUCCUACUAUCCAUGGAGCAGCAGUAGCUGGCUAUGAGGGCUGGCUGGCAGGUUACCAGAUGACCUUUGACACAGCCAAAUCCAAGAUGACCCAAAGCAACUUUGCAGUUGGCUACAAGACUGGGGACUUCCAGCUCCACACCAAUGUAAACAAUGGUUCAGAGUUUGGCGGAUCCAUUUACCAGAAGGUAAACGACAAACUGGAGACUGCUGUAAAUCUUGCCUGGACAGCAGGCAGCAAUGGCACUUGCUUUGGAAUUGCUGCCAAAUAUCAGUUAGACCCCAGUGCUUCCAUAUCAGCUAAGGUGAAUAAUGCCAGCUUGGUAGGAAUUGGAUACACCCAGACUCUACGACCUGGUAUGAAACUGGUCCUCUCUGCACUGGUGGAUGGGAAGAAUAUCAAUGCUGGUGGUCACAAACUAGGUCUGGGCCUAGAGUUGGAGGCAUGAGGAUCUGCUCUGCCAUUUCAUAAUAAUAUCAGCUGAAUCUGACCCCAAGUGUUCCUAUCUGGUCAGCAACAGAUAUUUUAAAAAGAUGAAGCCAAAACAAAAAAAAUUAUGCACUGUUAAGAUGGAAAACUUUCCAGUAGCCUCCUUUUGUUGUGGUUAUAUUAACUAGUCAUGUUUCGGGCACAUGUAUCUAUUAUCAGUUACUCCUUCUGCCAAUUUAUUCUCCAUUAUGAAAGAAAAACCCUCCUCUGGGUGUUGAGAGUUGGCUUCCUUAGUCUGAUCAUCCAGGAAUGGUUUCAAAUAAACACAACCUUGAUAUGUUGCUGAAGUGUGAAAAUGUAGAAUGUAAAUCUGAGCUGUUAUUUUGCACAUUUAUUUAAGCUCUUUCUCCUUUGUUUUAUUUGCACAUUUUAUUUAUAUUUUGGUAGUGACCCUGCCUGUUGGAAGGGUUACUCCAACAAAAUGAUGCUUAUCAAUUUUGGCAGGUCUUCACUUACCUUCCCUUCCUAGAGAAGCUUAAUUGUGCUGUGUGAUGCGUUUUAGACCCCCAUUACCUUAAAUACCUGCUUAUAAGUUGCAGGAAAAUGCUAAAUGGAUUUUUAUUUUCCUCAGUGUGACAUGAGUGAAAGAAUAUCUGAGUGUAUCAUCCACUUUUCUUCCCAUUUUUGAGGACUGUGACACUAAUCAGGAUGCAGUUUGUGUGUUGGUGUGUGUCUACCUUUACAAUAAAGUCCUGAAAACAACCUUUAUCCUCUUGUAAUUUGACUUCAAUAUGUAA